AUGGAAGAAUUGCCCAUCUUCUUGGGCAGGCCGGUCACACAAAAAAAACCCAUUGUUGUGCGAGAGGCUGUGGCCUCGUAUGACACAUGGAUUUGGCAUGUCUUUUUUGGAGCUGCUGGAUCCAACAAUGAUAUCAACAUUUUAGCUCGUUCUCCAUUGUUCAAUGAUGUGGUACAUGGAGUGACUCCUCAUGUUGAAUAUAUUGUCAAUGGAAAUCAAUACCAUUUGGACUACUAUUUGACAUAUGGGAACUACCCCCGAUGGGCUACUUUAGUGAAAACCAUAUCUUCUCCUGAUAACCCAAAGAAGAGGCUUUUUGCACAAAUGCAAGAAGCGUACAGGAAGGAUGUUGAAAGAGCAUUUGGAAUACUACAGGCUCGAUGUGCUAUUGUUCGAGGCCCUGCACGUAUGUGGUGCAAGGAUAACCUCCACUCAAUCAUGAUGGCUAUUGUUGUGGACACGUAUCCUCAUCAUUAG